UCUGUACCCCGUAUCCUAGCAACCUCGGUCACAAAGUAUCGAAUAAAACGAUAACGUUUUGAAUUAUAAACAUGCACCUAAUUUUAUGCACCUACAGGGAGGAUCAUUAAGAAAAUACUUUUCUCUUAUUUAGUAAAUGGUAUUUAGUGACCUUACAAACACUUGCUCGGCUUCUUUACUUGUAGUUAGCACUUUAACACUAAGAGACAUGGCAGAAGUGGACAGAGAGGAGACUGAACUCAUCACGGAUAAUGAUGAAGGACAGCAGGUGGAGGAGGAGGGGGAAAAACCCGGGGAGAGGAAAGAAGAAGAAUUAGAGGAAAAAGCAGAAGAAGAGGAACAAGAAGAGGAAGAAGAUGAAGAGGAAGAAGAGGAAGAGGAAAAUGAAGAAGAAGAGGAAGAGGGAAAAGAAGGAGAAGAGGAAGAGGUAAAAGAAGAAGAAGAUGAAGAGGAAAAAGAAGAAGAGGAGGAGGAAGAAGAGGAAGGAGGAUCUGGAGCAUCCAGUUAUGUGUACACAGCCACCUCACUGUCCCUCAGCCCUGAACAGGAGAAGCGCCUAAUAACUCAUCCUCUGACUCUGAAUUGGGCUUUCGGGAUAAACAAGACUCUCCCUGUCUUCAGCCUCUUGGAUCAAGACAGACUUGCCAUCCUGUAUGCUUGUUCUCAUGUAGCUGUCAUAUAUGACCACACAUCUAAUUCACAACAUCUGUUACAAGGUCACUCCAACCCCAUUUCCUGCCUGUGCGUCAGCGAGGACAGACGCUGGAUUGUGAGUGCUGACAAGGGCCACGAUAGCCUUGUGAUCAUAUGGGACUCAUACACAGGGAUCCCUGUUCACACCAUGUUUGAUUGCCAUCCUGAGGGCGGUGUAGCUGCUGUGGCAUUGUCAAAGGAUUCAAAAUACCUGGUGACUGUUGGAGCCGGUACAGUGCAGAGGGUUUGUAUCUGGGAUUGGACUAAUGUGAAUGAAGUUCCAGUGUGCAAGGUUGACAUCAGCCCAGAGCUCGGUUGCCAGAAACACAUCAUAUUCAACCCUACUGACAGCUGUCAGCUACUCAGUAACAGUGCAAGUCAUGUCCUCUUUUACACCUGGGAUAAAGAAACUAUGCAUUAUGAAGCCCCUGAAAUCUCCAAGACAUUCAUGGGGGAAGUCGGUUGCUUAAGUCAGACUGUUUUCCAUGUUGGAGGCAUGCAGGCUUUAACAGCUACACUGACAGGGAAUAUGUUGGUGUUGGAUGUGCUGAGGUCAGGUACAGGCCAUCGGCAUGCAAUAAAACCCACCAAAUUAAUUUCACUGCAGAAGAAUGGGAUUACUGUAAUGACAUGUUGUGACAGGUUUAUUGUGACAGGUGAUGAAAAAGGCCACAUCAAAUUCUAUGAUGAAAACUUCAAGGUCAUUAGCUGCUUAACUGACUUCAAUUUGGACCCCAUCACAUCCAUUUCCCUGUCGAAGGAAAUUCCUACCUUUAGCGGUGUUACAAAUACAGAAGACUGCAUCUUGAAUACUGAACCGUUUGUCAGUAGAAAUCUUGUCCUGUCUACUGUCAGUGCAGCUGUGGUGCAUGUCAAUGCACAAAGUAGAAGUGCUCAGACUAUAAUAAAAGAACAUGCUGAGCCUCUGAAUGCAGUAGCUUGUCACCCUCAGCAUCCACUUGUAGCUAUGGGCAGCUAUAGUGGCAUCCUGAAAGUCUGGGAGUUUCAGCACAAAGUGACUGUAUGCAGCAAAAUAUUCCAAACAGAUGAGCAGAUCCACUGUAUCACCUAUGAUCCUCAAGGCCUUUACCUGGCUGUCGGCUUUGUCAGUGGUGUUGUGAAAGUUCUGGAUCCCUGCACUUUAGAGGAAGAAGUAGAGGGAGGCUUUAAGUACAGUCAUGACUGCAUUACCAAUCUUGCUUUCUCCCACAACUCCUCUUACCUGGCCGCUGCGGACGCUGGGAAAGCUGUGAUGGUGUUUCAUAUAUGUAAGGAAGGCACGCAGUAUGUGUGGCAGUACCUUGGGAAACAUCGCUCUCACUACAAGCCCAUUCAGGAUCUGCUGUUUGGAGUGUACCUGGACAGCACAGAGCCACGUCUGCUCUCCUUAGGCAUGGAUCGCAGACUAGUUGAGUACGACCUGCAGAACAGCAGAAAGGACGAGUUGUUGAUCCUCAGCUCAGAACGCAUUGAGCAAAGUGCCGUGCCAAUGUGCAUGGCCUGGUAUCCGCCUUUAACAACAGAGAACUUCUUACUUAUUGCAUCUGACCUGAACAAACUGAAACUACUCAAUGUCACCACGAAGAUGUGCAGAAAAACUCUUCUUGGCCCCACAUAUGGUUCGCCUGUAAAAAAGAUGAUAAUGCUGCCAUCCUGUAAAGAUGGGAAUCCUAAUUCACAUUACAUGGCUUAUAUAACACAGGACAAGAUUGGGGUUCAGAUUCUGCCUCUUGACGGGAACCCACACAAGUCCUCAGCACUGAUAUGCCACUCUUUAGGGGUCUCACAUCUGGCUUGUUCUCAUGAUGGAAAAUAUAUUUUCACUGCUGGUGGCAGUGACAGGACUGUCUUCUCAUGGGAGUUCAGCCGUCCUGCAUUAGAGGCAGCAGCGGCUUUGGGAGGAAAAGACCUGAUUCCCUUUUACACCCUUUUAGAAGGAGGGCAAGAUGGAGAGCUUUUUAAGGCCAUAAAGGAUUUAUUUUAUUACUGUCAGUUGCGCAGUCAGAACAUUGACUCGAUGGAAACCAGACAAGUAUCCACUAGUAUCCCUCUUUCUGAAGUUCCAUAUCUUAUCAGAGCACUUGGCUUCUACCCAACAGAGCAUGAGUUGGAAGACAUGCAAAAUGAGGUGAAAUUCAGUCGUUAUGCAGAGACAGGAAAGUAUGUAUCUGACAUUGACCUGGAGGAGUUUGUUAAGUUGUAUCUUAACCACCGGCUACCCUGUGGAAUCUCCAAGUAUGACCUCUACAAGGCUUUCCAGGUGCUGGGCGUGCCAGAUGAAAACGGAAAACCGGUUAUCACCCGAGAAGAGCUCCUAGAGUUACUCCAAGCCAGAGGUGAGCACAUGACUGAGGAGGAGCUGGCAGAAUGCUUCACAAACCUGUUGGGGAUCAGUGUGGAAGAACAGACACCCGACUCUGAGCUACUGCUGGAAAGCAACUUACCCCCAAACAUCACCAUGGACACGUUUGCCACAGACAUCCUGCGAUUCCCAUCCCAUGAGUACUUCUGAGCUCCCUGCAGAAAAGCAGUCCUUAUCCUCUACAAUCGUUUUAGGUGUAAUUUUAUACUGUAUAUGGAAUACUGUGGUAGUCAGAGGAUGAGGCCCACCAAAAUAUCUCAUUUUUAUUGUCUUAUAUUGUAUGAUCCAGUUGUAAAUGUAAAUCAUUUGAUUAGGAGAAAGGUUUAUAGGAAAUUCCAUAUAAAUGAGAAAGUAAUAAAAUACAGCAGGGAAAGAUAUUA